AUGGCCGGAACCGACGCCGGCGCUCCGAUCCGGCGGAUCUCGUUGCCCGAUGUCAAUCCAGAACGCCUCGAGAAAAAGAUCAAGAAGGCCAAGCUGGCCGCCCGAUCUGAACUCGACAUCUUUGAGUGGCAAAAGAUGCACCUCCGUAACAUGGACUUUGGAAUCGACAGCAGCCGCGACACCGUCCAGCGGAUCGACUACUCGGCCGUCUCAGAGGACGACUUUGUCGAACGCUUCGAGAGUCAGGCGACGCCCGUCGUCAUCACCGGCGCCGUCGACGACUGGGCGGCAAAAUCCGAAUGGACAGCCGAGAAACUGUUCAACCGAUACCACUCUGAAAAGUUCAAGGUCGGCGAGGACGACGACGGCGAUCCCGUCUACAUGCCUCUGAAGUACUACCUGCACUAUGCCCUCAACCACGACGGCGUCACCGACGACUCGCCUCUGUACAUAUUCGAUGCCAACUUUGGCGAGCGACGCCGCAACAACACCGGCAACCAAGUGCCCCAGAAGGACUGGCCAAAGCCAACAGACUCGACCGGCGGCGAUCCGUCCUGGGCCGAGUCGACACCGACCGCGUCGCUCUUGAGCGACUACAAAAUUCCAAAGUACUUUGAGGACGAUUUGUUUCGACUGACGGGACGCAAGCGGCCGCCGCAUCGCUGGGUCGUCUGGGGACCUGCCCGCUCGGGAACGGGCAUCCAUGUGGACCCGCUUGGCACGAGUGCGUGGAAUGCAUUGCUGGUUGGCAGCAAAAGAUGGGCACUUUUCCCUCCUCAGGUCGAUCGCAAAAUCAUCGAACCCCGCGGUCUGCCCGACCACGAAGCCGCCACCUGGUUUGCCUGUGUUUAUUCCCAGCUCGCUGCCGAGAGCACCCGGGACGAAAAUGGGCAAACGCUGCUGGACCGGCUCGGCGUUGUCGAAAUCCUGCAGCGCCCAGGAGAAACCGUAUUCGUGCCUGGAGGAUGGUGGCAUGUCGUCAUCAAUCUCGACUUUGCGCUGGCGGUCACUCAGAACUACUGCUCGCGGGGCAAUCUGGAGUACGUCUGGCUCAAGACCCGCUUCACACGGCCAAAGCUCGCCGACCGGCUUUAUCAGCGACUGAAAGACAGCUCGAGCAGCGACAGCGGCAGUACUGAGAGCGAAAGCUCCGAUGAGGAGGGCAACUGCCGGUGCCGUGCAUGCCAGCGCAAACGCAGGAGGCCCCAAGACAGCGGGGUCUCCCUCUCUACCAAAAUCGAGCAAUAG